AUGGCUGGUUUCCAGAAUUCAACUAAGUUAUACACCGAAUCAUCUAACACCUCUGCAUUAACAACUGUUAGUACUCACUACUCUCAACAAGCCCUUCCUCACCCUACAACGCCAACUUCUCCGGCUUCAUCACUACCAAACUCUUCUUCCACCACCGGCAACUCUAACAUCACUCCCACACCCAACUCGUCUGCUAAAAACAAUAUUACUUCUGUUCCCCGUUCAUUAAAUACCGCUCCCGUUCUACAACACUCGAAUAAUUCCGCUUUCUCACCAUAUCAGAACAACAUCCCGCAACAUCCAACUCCCGUAACCACUCCCACCUCGACUAAACCUCAACUAGUACAUCCAGACUCCACAAUGAUGGCUUCUCAUUUGGACAGUAAUACUUUAAUUUAUCCCCAGCACACAGCACACUUUGCCAAUCCGCCAAACCAAUUCUGGCCAUCAUGGAACACCCUCAGUGGUGGUAGCUCUCCUGGUGCCGUCGCCAUAUCUAAUACGCCUGGCGGCAGCGCUUUUAUGCCUGCCGUUGGCUAUGGAGCAACACCCGGUAGUCUGUCACAGCACAACCCUCGACCAAAACUAACAACUACAAUUUGGGAAGAUGAGGGAACGCUAUGCUACCAAGUGGAUGCUCGAGGAAUUUGUGUGGCAAGACGUCAAGACAAUAAUAUGAUUAACGGCACUAAACUUUUGAAUGUUGUGGGAAUGUCACGUGGAAAGAGAGAUGGUAUUCUAAAGAACGAGAAAGGGCGUGUAGUUGUUAAAGUUGGAGCAAUGCACUUGAAAGGUGUAUGGAUUACAUUCGGAAGAGCAAAGACUCUGGCUCAACAAUUCAAGAUCCACGAGUUAUUAUACCCGUUGUUCGUUGAAGAUCCAGGCGUCUUUCUUCACAAUUAUACAGCGCCUAUGCAGACAAAUAGAAUCCCUUCAAUGAACGGUGUCGGUGCACACGCCCAGUGGCGACCGCAUACGUUUACUAAUUUUAACGGUCCUGCAUAUGAUAGGCAGUGGUAUGGUUAUAGUAAUGGUAGUGGAAUAAUUAAUCAAGCCGCAUCUCAACCACAAGAUCACAGUUCACCCGCAUAUCCACCAAACGCAAACAACCAUGCAGGCCAGCACAUAGACGAUGAGUACUCUAAUUAUGCAGUAAUCAAUGGACAGCCACAAGGCCAACAGAACGUAGUUGUGUCAGGGACGGCGGCUUCCUUCCAACCGCGCUCACCGGUUUCCUAUGAUACUGGUGCUUCUGCUGCCAUCAACUCUGGACCUAAUGCACGUCCGGGCACUCCAGUGUAUCCCAACGUGAAAUCAGAAGACACUGUCGCAAGUAAUGGAAACAAUUAUUACCGACAACCGGGUAUUUACAAUCAUCUAGUCUCUACAGAUGUUGCGAACGGAACGACACCUCAAUCAAAUUCUCCAUCACAAAUAAUUGGCCAAAAACGAGGUUAUGUUGGCGAUGAUGAGACUGACGACUAUAAUGGAUCGAAUCAACCGAGUCCACCCCUUGCCAUGCAUCCACCGCCAUUGAACGGCAUUCCUGUCAACACGGCUAUGAAUGUCGCCGCUGGCUCAUUUCCAAGUCCGAUGAACGCUAGUCCUAAUUCAUCUCCUGGUUCAUCUGCUUUUUCCGGAUGGCCUGCUGGCAAACGUGUCAAGUACGAAUUCUCUGAGUCAACGGCGUCCUCUUCUGCUCAAUCAUCACCAAGGAUUAGUGGAUAUGCACUUCCUGGACUGGCUAACGGUGCUGGAGCAUCCGCUACACCCGCAACUCCGACACAAACAUAUACUAGCAGUUCUCUGCAGCUAGUAACAAACGCGCAACAAGGGAGUCCGCAUUACUCAUCAGCUGGAGCGAACGCAAAUGGUCCUGCUACGGGUACCACUACACCCACAACUGAGGGAUAUUUUCAAGACAAUAGUAAUGUCUUACACACACCAUCGCCAGACAAUGCACCCGUUGAGGAGGCAAGGCGAUAUGAACAAUAUCGAAGAGAAGACACAACAAACGAAGAGAUCAGUAGUAAUAACUGGAAUGGAAUAGAAUAG